AUUCAUAUUCUCUUACUUUCCUCUUCUCCUGCGAGAGUUUUUGGUGCGCAAGACGGCGACGAACGAAGAAAGAAACAGCGAAGAUGACUUCUCAUAGUUCUUUACUUUUUCUGGUCAUCCUCAUCAUCUACGCUGCUUCAAUUUCAUCUUCUUCUCUCGCCAGAGCACAUGAACAAGUCAACGGAGAUGAAGAGACGAGAAGCGUUGGGCGUAGAUUCCUUCUAGGUUUCAAAGAAACUCCAAAAGGAAGUAACAUUACCUUCGAGUGCUCUCCUUCAGGUCCUUGCGUUUCCUGCAAUUCUUCCGAGAAGAGAAAAGAGAAGUAUCGUUGCAGUGAAACAGGUUAUCGCAUUCCUUUCAAAUGUAAAGAGGUGAAGGGAAAAGCUUCACUCAAGAAAAAUGGAGAAGAAACACAAAAUGGUCAAUCUAAUGUCGAUGACGAAGAAGAAGAAGUCGUUGCAUCAACGAAACCCAGGAAUCUGCUGGAUGAUUCACCAGCAUCGAAAGUAAAGUCUCAGUCGUACAAGACUUACAGAAUCUGUGUCCCAUCUGCAGAUGAGGAGAAAGUAUCAGUCCUUGGUUUCGAGGCGUUUAUGCUAGGAAUGUUACUCAUUAGCGGAUCCGCCAUAUACUUGAGAAAGAAACAGACAAUACCGAUGGUUGGAGUAUCCAAUGGAAGAUCACAAAGCAAUUCGCGGUUUUAAGAAAACACCGUUUUCGGUAUGUAAAGCUUACAUCUGCUCACCCAAGAAAACAGAUCCAACAUUUGUCAUUGUCUAUUGAAACAGACAGAGACAUGCUUGAAAGUAGAGAACAACACUUCGGGACUUGAUAUAAUUGGGACUACUUUGUUUCAUAUAUGACAAACUGUUUAUGAUCCAUUGCUCUAUAUAUAUAGAACUCCAUUGAAAA